AUGAGUAAGUGGGAGUUCAAAUGCUACGUUGUAAGUACUCAAGGAGAAGAGGCUGUGGAGAUGUGGGAGAACUACGCACUGAUUCCCAAACAUUUGCAAUCAAAGACGUAUACCUCGAUUAUAGAGGAGGAGAAGGAGGAGGAGGAGGAGGAGGAGAAGGAGGAGGAGGAUGAGGAGGAGGAAAAGAAGCAGCCACACUUGUUCGAAUGA